AUGGAUUCAUUAGAAUUUAAUAUUGAUUUAUCAGACAAAGAAGAUGUUCCGAUAUCACCAUCAGUUUGCGAAGAAUCAAAGUUGUCAUUAAUAAGAACAAAUGAUGAUAUAGCUGUUGUUGGUGUUGCAUGUCGUUUUCCAGGUGGAAGUAAUUCAAUUGAUGAAUUUUGGUCCAAUUUAGUUGAACAACAUGAUUGUGUUCGACCAGUUCUCAAUGAUCGAUGGAAUGCUGAUUAUUAUACGGACCCAUUAUCAAAUGAACUUCAUUUACUAGCUAAAAUCCCAUCGUCUCGUUGUGGUUGGAUUGAUUUUGUUGGUGAAUUUGACUACGAAACAUUUUCAAUUAGUAAACGUGAAGCUGAAAAUAUGGAUCCACAACAAAAACUUUUAUUGGAAGUAACUCUACAAGCACUUGAAGAUAGUGGAAUGCAAUAUGCGGGAUCAAAAACUGGUGUUUAUGUUGGUAUUGGACAAGCUGAGCAAUUCGAGCUGACUACAGCUGAUUUAGAAAGUAUAAAUGCAUAUAGUAUCACCGGAUCAGCAUUAUCAAUACCUUCAAAUCGUUUAAGUUAUUGUUUUGAUCUGCGAGGACCAUCAAUGUCCGUUGAUACAGCUUGUUCAUCGAGUAUGACUGCAUUUCAUUUAGCUUGUCAAGCUAUUCAAGAUGGUGCAUGUUCAGCAGCUGUUGUCGCUGGUGUUAAUAUAAUAAUAAAUCCGUCGACUAUGAUACAAUUUUCACAAUUAGGUGUUUUAUCACCCGAUGGAAUGUGUCAGUCAUUCAGUAAUAAAGCAAAUGGAUAUGUUCGAUCAGAAGGUUGCGGCGUUAUUAUUAUUAAACCAAUGAAACAAGCUCUGACUGAUAAUGAUCAUAUUUAUUGCCGUAUCAGAGGUUCGGCAAUUAAUCAGGAUGGUCAUCAAUCUCCAUCGUUAACAAUGCCAAGUUCACAGGCACAAAUUGAAGUUUUUCGAAUGGCUUGUAAAAAUGCAAAAGUUAAUCCAACUGAAAUAUUCUAUGCUGAAGCGCAUGCGACAGGUACCAGAGUCGGCGAUCCAAUUGAAGCAAAUGCAAUUGGGACAGUUUUUGGCCGAGAACAAUCUUAUUUACGUAUUGGUUCAGUUAAAUCAAAUGUUGGUCAUUUAGAAACAGCAAGUUUUAUGACUGGUUUAUUGAAAUGUAUUUUGAUGCUCGAACAUCAACAAUUAAUACCUAAUUUACAUUUUACGAAAGGUGAAGGCAAUCCAGAUAUCAAGUUUGAACAAUAUAAUCUGUCGGUUCAAACAGAAAUCGAAAAAUUUGAAAAUGAUGAAGAAUUAAUGAUGGUUUCAAGUUUUGGUUUUGGUGGUGCUAACGGCUGUGCAAUUAUUCAAGGAUAUAAACGACCUUCAGAACAAGCACAAAUACUUCCUUCUUUACCACAAUUAUUUCUGGUUUCUGCUUCAACACCACUUGCUCUGGAGACUCGAAUUCAAGAACUAAAGUCAUCAUCAAAAAUAUUUCAUUCACCAGCUGCGAUAUCACACACACUAUAUAACCGUUCAUUACAUCGUCUCGCUGCAUUUGCGAUCGAUGAACAACUCGAUGAAAACACAACAUUUGUACCUAUUAGAAAAUGUGUUGAUCCACCACUGGCUUGUAUCUGGGUGUUUGCCGGUCAAGGUCCACAACAUCAAAAAAUGGGCAAAAUCCUCUAUUCAAAUGUUGAAAGUUUUCGUUGUUCAAUUGAUGCAUCUGAUUUAAUUUAUCGUGAAUGUUCUGGUCAUAGUCUGGUUAAUGAUAUAGGACUAUUCGGUUCAACGGACGGAUCAAAUCCAAUGGCUGUUUAUGAAAUAGCAUAUACAUUACCUGCUCUUGUCUUUUUACAAAUUGGACUCGUUGAUAUGUAUCGUCAUUUAGGUGUUCCAUGUGCAGCAGUAUUCGGACACUCUUUUGGUGAAAUGGCAGCAGGUUAUGCUGCAAAUAUUUGCACGAGAAAACAAUAUAUUCAAACAGCAUAUCAUCGUGCUCGUAUCUUACGACAAGUCGAUGGUUGUGGCGCAAUGUUAGCAGUCAGUUGUUCCAGCGAACAUAUUCAACCGCUAUUAGAAACACAUGAACAGGUAUGGAUUGCAGCUUACAAUGGUCCAAAUUCAUUAACAUUAGGAGGUAUUAAAGAAUCAAUAACGAGUAUUUCAAAUGAAUUAUCAAAACAAAAUAUAUUUAAUCGAAUAUUGAAAAUAAACAGCGCAUAUCAUACACCGCUUAUGGCAUCUGUUCGUUCAGAAGCCCUAUCUGUGUUUAAACAAACACUUGCCGGACAUUCAACACCAACGAUUCCGUAUUGUAGUACGGUUACUGGGCAAUGGAAAAAUUCUGAUUUUGAUGAAAAUUAUACAUUUGAUGGAAUUGAGAGUCCAGUUUUAUUCGAUGUAGCCGUUCGACAAUGUUUGGAACGAUUUGGUGUCGAUACGACUGUCUUCCUAGAAUUAUCAGCACAUCCUGUUCUAAGUUCAUAUUUAACUGAAAAUGGUUCAAAGUAUAAUUUAUGUGCACUACAUCGUCAACAAUCAGAAAUUGAAACAACAUUAAAAAUUCUUGCUAAUUUACGUAUUUAUGGAUACUCACCCGCACAAGCUAAUAUUUCUAAAAUAUAUUCUUCGAUAAUAUCUCCGUCACGUAUUCCACAUUAUUCGCUUUAUCCGUUUCAGCGUCAAUAUUGUGUUAAAGAAGAUCUGGGGCACCGUCUUCAACGAACGAUUCCCAUUUGGCAUAGUUUAGCUGGCCGUCCAUUUGCUCAUCCACAUCCAACUUUCCAGACAAAGUUAUGUUUGAAGUCAUAUGUUUGGAUUGAAGAUCAUCGUGUUCAAGGUCCAGCAGUAUUUCCAGCAGCUGGCUAUAUUGAAAUUUGUAUGGAAGUAUUUAACUGUAUCAGUUUAACAAAUAUUUAUAUUGAAAAAGCAUUGAUUCUCCCAUCUGAUCCGAAUAUUUAUCGAACAGUAAGAAUUGUUCUUGAUGAAAAUAAUCAAUCUCAGGUUUCUAUGUAUUCAAAAUUAAAUGAAUAUGAUUCGGGAGAUUGGAUUAAACACAUGAAAGCUUCAAAAGGAGACUCGUCGUCUUCUUCUACACAAUUACCAGAAUGGUCAAAGAAUAUCAAAUCACGUUGUUCUUUGGGUAUCUUUGAAGAAAAAGAUGUUUAUGGACGUUUUUCAAGUGUUGGUUUAGAUUACGGACCAUAUUUUCAAUGUAUACGAACUCUCUAUCAAGGUGAUAAUGAAGCAUAUGCACAUUUAAAUAUUUCUCAUUUGCUAAACCCAUUGUCUAACUCAAAACAAUCAAGAUUUUAUAUUCAUCCAGCAAUAUUAGAUUGUACAUUUCAAGUUUUCUUAGGUACACAACGUUAUUUUCAUACAGCGUAUGUUCCAACAUUUAUUAAACGAAUUGAAUGGAGAAUUGAGACAAGUGAAUUAUCAAAUGAUUUAUAUGUCUAUGCUAGAACAACAAAUACUCAUUCUAAACAAGUUUUAACAGGGGACAUUUUCGUUGUUGACGAACAACAACGUCUGAUCGGCAUAAUUAUUGGGUUUGAGGCUACAGCAUUAGGUCAAUCGAAUCAACCACCACCACUCUAUACUCUUCAUUAUCAAAGUGUUGAAACACCAUUAAUAACAACAACAAAAUCACAGUUUAAUAUAAUAGAAAUGCCAACACUUAUUAAAGAACAAGAAACUCUAUUUGAUGAUGCAUGUUUAGCAUAUAUCGCUGCAUUUCUCUCCUCAACUUCAUUUGAUUUGGAAACAAUUGAAAAAUGGCCUAAUCAUCGUCAACGUUAUUGGCAAUGGUUACAUUCGACAAUAAAAUCUAAAAUAAUUUCACCUGAUUCAAUAGAUUUAAUUGAUAAUGAUCAGUGUAAAGCACUUCAUUAUGAAGCACAAGCAAUUCAUCGUGCUGGAAAGAAUCUGCAUCUUCUUCUUACUGAUAGUUUUGCUGUACAAAAUAUAUUCUUUGCUGAAAAUGAUUCAUUUAUGGCUGAUCUCUAUUCCAAAUCAUUGACAUGUCAACCUUAUACUAAUAUGCUUGCUCAAAAACUCGUUGAUCAAUUUAAAAUGAUAGAAGAACAACAACCUAAUGAAUCAUCACGUGUUUUCUCAAUUUUAGAAUUAGGUGCUGGUACCGGUGCUCUUACUUCGAUUAUUCUGGAUAAAUUGUAUCAACAAACAUCUAUCAUUCAAGAAAAUCGGUUAAUUUAUGUUUUUACCGAUGUUAGUGAAAAAUUUCUAUCGGAUGCGAAAAAACAUUUUUCAACAGUCUAUCCCUGUAUUCAAUAUCAACUGUGUGAUCUUGAUUUAGAUUUCGCAAAACAAAAAUUAAACAUGUAUUCAUUUGAUGUUGUUUGUGCAUUUGAUGUUCUUCAUGCUGCACAAGAUUUAAAAUUGUGUUUAAAUCGUAUCCAACAGUUAUUGAAACCCAAUGGUUAUCUUCUGUGUAUUGAAUUAACUCGACCAUGGAUAUGGAUUCAAGUCUUUUUCGGUUUAUUUGCUGGUUGGUGGCAUUUUUCAGAUACAACAAUAAGAUCAACAUGUUUUCUCGCGGUUGACCAAUGGUAUCAAUUGUUAACUGAAUCAGGAUUUCAACAUGUUCAAAUUGAAAAUGAAGGACAACCAGAAUUUUGUCAUUCGUUAUUGAGUGCGAGAGGUCCAGAUUGGACUAUUACUCGAACAUCUUCUUCUAAUAGUACGAUAUUCGAUACGACAGAAGCUACUGUCAUUAAUGUUAAUUCAUACAUGGAAAAACUCUUACAAUUAGCUCAGUCACUGCUUAUAGUAACAGAACCAACAACUGUCUUUGUUAUUACUUCAACAACUACUCCACCGAUUGGUGCAACGUUUACUGGAUUCAGUCGAGUCUGGGCAAAUGAAGCUACACAACAUACAAUUUGUUCUAUUCAAUUCGAUUUACCGGAAUUACAGGAAAAACAAAUGUGGUUAAGUCGUAUUCAAACCAUUGUCGAAAACACCCGUGAACGUGAAUUUAUUAUUCGUCAACAUGUAAUUACUGUACCACGACAUAUUCCUCGGCGUUUAAUAAAUGCAAUUAAAGCGACUGAUGGUCAACAAGGUAUGUAA